AUAGGAAAGUCUCAUGUGGCAGCCACAUAGGGAAAUACACACAGAUUACGAACUUCUAUUUCCAUAGAUCUCAUCUAUAUAAAGCCAGUAGGUGAUCGAAACCCUCUGAAUAUCACAAUUCAUUCUUAUAUUUUUCUUCUCCAAUAAGUAAAAUACUAGCUUCUAACAAUGAGGCAACAAAGAUAUUUGUCAGUCUUGGUCUUGUUUUAUUUCGUUCUCUUCUUCUUUGCGACAUCCAUUAGAGCUCAAGAAGUUGAGGAUGAGAGGGAGUUUGAUUAUGCUGUAAAAAGUGAAAAAGGUCCAAGAAUGUGGGGAAAAAUGAAGAAAGAAUGGGAAGCUUGCAAUAGUGGGGAGAUGCAGUCUCCUAUAGAUUUGUCAAAUGAAAGAGUUAGAAUUAUCCGAAAGCCAGAGAAAAGGAAUUACAAGCUUUGCAAUGCUACUGUCAAGAACAGAGGUCACGACAUUUCCUUACAAUGGCAUGGAGAUGCUGGAUCUGUUUUGAUAAAUGGAACAGAGUAUCCUCUACAGCAAGCCCACUGGCACUCUCCUUCAGAGCAUACUGUUAAUGGCAGAAGGUAUGCAAUGGAAAUGCAUAUGGUUCACUUAAACCAAAAUGCGACAAACAAGAUAGCUGUGAUUGGAGUCCUCUACAAGUUUGGCAAACCCGACAAAUUUCUCUCCAAGUUGAUAAGAAAUAUAUCAUCUAUGAUUGACAAAAAAGACGACGUGAAAAACGCAGGCAUGAUCAAUCCCAGAGAAAUCAAGAUUGGUAGCAGAAAAUAUUACAGAUAUUUGGGUUCACUCACAGUUCCUCCUUGCACUGAAGGAGUCAUUUGGUCUAUCAAAAAGAAGGUACGGACUAUUUCAAGAGAUCAAGUUAAAUUGCUUAGAGAAGCCGUUCAUGAUUAUGCUGCAAGUAAUGCAAGGCCAAUGCAACCGCUGAACAAGAGACCGGUUUAUCUUAUGGCACCAGGAGCUACUGCUUGAGAUCAUUAUUCUUUGAUUUCGUAUUUUUGCUAAAGCAAAAUACUUGCUAGAUAUGAUUUGUUCUGAAUCUUUUGUUAAGGCAAAGUGCUUGCUGGAUGUAUUGUGGAAAAUUUUAUUUUAUAUAUAUGGUGACGUGUCAGGA